UUGCACGCAGCCCACCACCUGGACCGCAGUCAACUCUACCUCGGCUACAUCACCGGUGACGUCCGGGCCGGCGACUACCACCGGGCCGCCCGCGCCAUUCACCGCGCGGCCAGCCAUGUCGCCACCGCCGCCGUCCACACCCACCAGGACAGCUACAGCUGGCGCCGUAUGACCACCGUGCUGGGCGGCUUCGUGCGCGGCUGCCAGAUCGACUAUCGACACCUGCGCACCUUCCGGGAGGUGUACCGCCUGCCCGCGACGCUUGCCGAGGCCAACGGCGAUGAAACCGCCAUCCGCGCCCUGUUGCGCCGCGCACGCCGUCGCGUCGAGCGUCUGCGUCGGGCCGUGGCGCUGGCCAUCGCCCUGGAUCCCAACCCGCUCAGCCUCGCGGACGUCCGGGCCCUCCGGGCAGCCGGCAAGCUCCCCUCCCGGCGCGAGCCUCAGCCCCCACCCAUGACCACCAUGGGCCAGUACCGUCGCGCCCUCGGCCUCCACGUCCCCAGCGGAACCGAGGACCACCCCAUCCACUCCCCUUGCUGCCCCAUCCGUUGA